GCUGUGAAGUAUAAGUGCUCUUGUAGAGGUCGGAUCGGUAUCGAGGUUGGCUUCUGUGAUUUAGGGGAGUUUAAGUGUCCAUUGCUAACGCACAGAAUUGAGUAAUUGUCGUGUGCCGACUAAAGGCAGACAUGAGUGGUGACAAGGCCAGAGUGAAUAUAGAGGAGCCGCGGUAUGAUCAGAACACAUAUAUCGGCCGGGCUAAACACUUUGUCAUCACAACAAAUCCACUCAAUGUCCUAGCUACUAAUGCACAGCUAGAGAAGGCCAAGUCCAUUGUGGAAAAAUAUCGAAAGGGAGAGGACUUACCUGGAACAUCAGAAGAUGAUCUUUGGAGAGCGAAACAGCUUUAUGACUCUGCCUUCCAUCCAGAUACCAAAGAGAAGAUGAUGCUGAUCGGUCGAAUGUCAGCCCAAGUACCAAUGAAUAUGUGUAUAACAGGAUGUAUGAUGACAUUUUAUAGAACAACUCCAGCAGUGAUAUUCUGGCAAUGGUUUAAUCAGUCCUUCAAUGCUGUAGUGAACUACACUAAUAGGAGUGGAGAGAAUCCAGUCCCUGUAAGUCAGCUGGGUCUAUCAUACGUACUAGCAUCAGGAGGCGCUGUAGGAACAGCUAUGGGUAUCAAGAGCCUUGUCAAGACUUUUCCACCUGUUGUUGCCCGUCUCGUACCAUUUACAGCUGUUGCAUCAGCCAAUUGUAUCAAUAUCCCCUGUAUGAGGAGCAGGGAGCUUAUGGAAGGCAUAACUGUGACUGAUGAGGAGGGUAACAAGUUAGGGGAGUCAAAAAUAGCUGCCAAAAGUGCCAUUGGUCAGGUGGUGCUCUCAAGGAUAAUGAUGGCCCUUCCAGGAAUGACUAUACCCCCAUUCAUCAUGAACCAUUUAGAGAAGAAAAGUUUUAUGAAGAAAAUGCCAUGGCUGAAUGCCCCAAUUCAGGUUUCCCUUGUUGGAUUUUUUCUGAUAUUCGCCACACCUUUAUGCUGUGCUAUGUUUCCGCAGAAAAGUUCUAUUGGUGUGAAUCACUUAGAGAAAGAUUUACAAGAAAAACUACAGUCUCUACCUAAUCCCCCACAGCGUGUCUACUUUAACAAGGGGCUCUGAGAAAUUGUCAGUGUAGUUGCUGAGACACACUGGUGUAUCUCUUUCACAGCGUGUCUACUCCAACAACAGGCUGUGGAAACUAGUCAGUGUAGUUGCUGAGGCACCGAGGUGUCUUCAAAUAUAUCCUAUAACUAUAUCUAUCUGCACUUGGUGAUGAAACUAAAUCACAUUGAAGAUAUUAAUCUUAAACCUGAAUGUCAAGGUGUGUAAACCUUUAACUUGGAAACUCCCACAAAAGAGACUGCUUAAGUGUACUAUCUGUAUAUCACAUACACUAUACCAGAUCUGGUGAAGGCUUCUGUUAUUAUAAGUUUACAUGGCCUGGAGGGCUAAGUGAGCUUACAUAAACACUUAGAUGUUAAUGAUGUGAAAUGGUAAUGUAUUUUGUGAGAAGCAUUUAAAAGGUGAGUAAUGCAGGCCCAUUUGGCCUCUUUUUUAUAAUUUCCUUUUCAUAUAGGGGUGAUCAAAAUAUAAAAGAAUCCAUUGCCUGAUUCUAGUAGUAACACUUAUUCUCUUUUUUUUUAUUCUGAAAAUGUUCAGAGCAUGUAAAGAAAUGUACCUUUUAUCCUGUAUUUAGGAACCAAGUUGUAAAGAUAAUAAUAUUUAUAAGAAGACUUUGAUCAGGUAAUUUUAACACAGUAUAUUUCUGAAGACUGAAUAGCAGGUUGUAAUAAUACAAGUGACAUUUCACAAUUAAAAGUGUAAUCAACUGACCAGAAGUGGUUAUAACAAGAAAAACAUUUAUACUUAACUUUUAGGACACACUUCAAUAAAUGAAUUAUUAUACCUUUUUUUAUCUCUUUCGUUCUGAUCAACAGAACAAGUUAUUUCAAUUAUAAAAUGUCACCUGUUCUUGAUAUACCAAAUUGUAUUCAGAAGGAAAAUUAGUUUAAUACAAGGAUACACAAUUUGAUAUUGAAUCGUUUAUGUACUAAUUAGGUAAAUAAUCACUGGUUUUAGACAAAUGUACUGAUCAUGAAAAUAGGUACAGCUUUCCUAACAAGGAAAUCUUUUGUAAAAGGAGAUUCACAUUAUACUAAGGUAGCAUACUCAAAUGACACCUUACAGCAGAAAAAUUAUCAGAUUUUGGUUGCAUGCUCCUUUUCUUCUGUAAUUAUAUAGUUAUAAUUGUGUGAUAUUAUUUUACUUAAGAUUGAAGCUGCCAAUUUUGAAAGCUCAAUAUUUUAUCAUAAACAUAUUUAAGUGAUAUCAUGUUUUUAAAAAAGUACAAAACUAAUUGAACCAUUACACUGAAUAAUUUUAAAGAAAUUUCAAAUUUUAUUUAAUUUGUAAUGUUCAAGGUAUUUAAACAAUUAGAAAGGUUGAUAUGUUGAGAUACAAUUUUGUUACAUACUUAAUCUAAUUAGUGAUCUGUUGGUUGAUAUUGAAGGCAUAAAAUAUGAUAGUGUCAUGUUUAACUGAUUUUUUUUUUUUUUUUUUUUUUGAAUUUUUUAAUGUUUAGCUCAACAUUGCUGAGACAUGAAACAAUUGUAUUUUUUAUGAAAAAUAUUGUUAAGAUGAAUGAGUUGUUUUGUGUGUGCCAAUAUUUUGUUACCAUUAUACACUUACUUUUACAGAUUGUUGAUGUUUGAUCAUGAAAGACAACUCUGUUAUACAAAUGUACCUCUCAAAGGUCAGACCUCACCCAUCUGUUAGUGGUCAGACCACAAACCUCUGUCAUUUAUCAGACCUCACCCCGCUCAGUGGUCAGAUGACACACCUCAGUAAGUAGUCAGGCCACAAACCUCUCUCAGUGGCCAGAUGGCACACCUCUGUAAGUGGUCAGACCACAAACCUCUGUCAAUGGUCAGACCUCACCCCUCUGUCAGCUGUCAAAUCAUAAAUUUCCUUCAGUGGUUAGACCUCACCCCUCUGUCAGUGGUCAGACCUCACCCCUCUCAGUGGUCAGAUGACACACCUCAGUAAGUAGUCAGACCACAAACCUCUCACAGUGGCCAGAUGGCACACCUCUGUAAGUGGUCAGACCGCAAACCUCUGUCAAUGGUCAGACCUCACCCCUCUGUCAGCUGUCAAUUCAUAAACUUCCUUCAGUGGUUAGACCUCACCCCUCUGUCAGAAGUCAGACCUCACCCCUCUCAUUGGUCAGUUAGCAACCUCUGUAGGUGGUCACACCACAAACCUCAGUCAGUGAUCAGAUGGCACACCCCUGUCAGUGGUCAGACCACAUAGCCAGACUACACACCUGUCAGUGGUCAGACAACACACCACUGUCUGUGGUCAAACCACCUCUCUCAUUCGGUUGCUGGAAUACCAGUCUCUGUUGCUGUAAUACCCGAACUGUAAAAUAAGAUGUUUUCACAGGGCAUUUAAUAGUUUUCAAUAAAUAAAUAUUUGGUUGGUGCUGAAUUUCAUGGAUGAAUGAUUCUCAGGAAAUCAACUGUACUGGAAUUAUCCUUGAAUUUUUAUCAUUCCUUUGUUAUGCAAAUUUGUAGUUUGAAAAUAUCCACAAAAUUGCUGGAUAUAAAACUGACUUUGUUUUUUCAUAUUUUACAUAUAUAUGUUCAUCUUGUUAUAGAUACAACUCCCAAUUUCAAAGAAAAACAUAGGUAUUGUCAGAGAACCUAGAAUAUGUCUGAAUUUUUACCAAUUUCAUAUGUCAUUGUGAAAUGCUGCUACGUUCGAUUUGGUGAAAAAAAAUAAAUAAAUAAAUACUUUAGAAAUUCAGACACCCAGCAUAAACUUACCUCAGAACCGCUCUAGAUCUGUUUAGAAUUUAGCAAGAAAUAUUCAGUCAUAGCUUACAUGUAGUUUACAUUAUGUCAGUGUGAAUUUCUAUGUUUAAAUAAGUUUUUGCCGUCUGUCCACUUGGAAAUUUAUUGCUUGUACUUCAGAGCUAUGUUUCAGAGUAGGAUAUUUGCUAGAUAUAACAUAAGAUGUUGAGAGCAUCUCCAGCGUUGUGUCAGAAAGCACUGACUGUAUCAACACUAAUUAGUAUGGAUAACUGCAUGUGUAGUUGUCACUAGUCUUUCCUUUUUAUACCAGACUCUAGCUAAUCUUAUCAUUCUGUGUUACAUAUUUUUUUAAUUUCUCUCUGUGAGAGAUUCACUACUCUGCAGUAUUCUCAGUGUAAGAGUUAGUAAUAUUUUGCUGUCUUUUCUGAGACAUUUAAUAAUUAUAGUAUUCCUGAAAAUAUGAGAAUCAAUUUGGAGUGUGCAUGAAAGUGAACAUUUGUUUCUAGCUAUGCUAUUUAAGGAGUCAGUUUUAUUCUAUAGACAAUAUGUGUUUGGUAAAUCCCUCACAGAAUAAUGUGUGGUGUGGUUCAGGUAAAAAUAUACAAGAAAUUUCAAACACUU